UUUCAUUUUGUUUGAAACUUUCGAAAAAUGAACAACGUAUUUGAUCGAAUCAAUGAGUUUUAACUGAGCUCAUGAUCUGAUUUAUUUUUGUAACGAAACGCAACGAAAAAUUGUGACACGAACAACAACAACCACAAAGCAAAUUACAAAAAUUCUAAAACAGAUCCGGCGGCAGUUUUAAUUUCAACAACAACAACAGCUACAACGAAAAUGCAAACAAAAAAUUAAAUAGAAAUUUAAGUGAAAACCAUCUGUGAUUAACAAAAGUACCUUAAAAAAAAGAGUGGAAACACAAACACACACAUACACCUCAUACUCAAACUAUUUUUUAAAAAGAAACGACUUAAUUAUUUAUGUAGAUUAAGGAGACAAAGAAAUCAGUAAUUUGUGCUUACGAACGAACAAAAAAAAUAAAUAAAUCAAUUAUAAAUUUAAAAGCUGCACUUUUUCAAAAUCAGAAAAAGAAAAUUAAAGUGCCAAAAUAGAUUUUAUAUUUGUGGAUACGACAUACAAACGAACAUAAGAUCCUUGUAAACAUGAAACUCUCAAUAUCCUUCUUCCUGGUUGUUAUUUGUACCAUGUGUUUGGCCGCACAACAAAGUCAGGCUAAGAAAGGCUGUAAUGCAUAUGGCUAUGCCUGCUAUGGAGGACAUGGCAAACGUUCGUUGCAUUCACAAAUGCCCGAUAUGGCAACAGGUAUCGACCUGCAGAAUGAACCAAGUCAGCAGCAGCAGCAACAACAACUGCAGCUACAACUACAACACCAUACCAAUCCCAUGCUGCAAAUGUAUCCGAGUGAGGCCAACACCAUGCUUUUGGAUGCCGACCUGGAAGCAUAUCCCCGAUAUCGAUUAAUUAAAAUGAUGAAGUCUUGGUUUGGUAACACCCAUAGAAGGCCUGUGGCUGAACACAAUGCCGAUUCGGAUUAUCCUAUAUCAGAUGAUUUUUUCAAUCGGGAAAAUAACAUCAAUACCAACAACAACUCCUAUUAAGAUCAUGUAACUUGUGCACGCCAAACAAUUACAACUAGCAACCGACCGCAGACCACCACCACCACCACCAUGUUAUAUGCCUACCAAAGAAAGAUUUUAUCUUAAAAAAUCGAUUUUCAAAAAAAUUUCCUUUUGUUUUGUUUUUGUCUUCUGUAUGACAUAAUAUCCAUCAUCAACUAUUAUUUAGAAAAAAAGAAAGAAAAUAAAUGUUGAAAUUGUAAAUAAAACAAAACUUUAGAAACGGUCACAAAUCUCCACGAACGCUUAACUAAACCAAGUACUAUGGAACUGCUAUUUUAUCGUAAAUGUUAAAACAAAUGAAAACUUUAGCUGAAAUUUUUCUUUUCUUAAAGAACAACAAAAACAACAACAAGAAACAAGGGCUGGUAAAAAUUUCAGUUAAAAAAGCAAAACAAAAACCAAAACGAAACAUAAUCCUAAUAUUAUUGUACUAUAUACUAUAAUUCGGUUUGUGUACAACUAAGGAAAGCAAAAGACUACAUAAAAAAUAAUAAGAAUAUUUGAAUAAAUUCUUAACUAGCAUUGUAUGUGUAUAAGACAAUGAAAUGUAUAAGAAACAGAGAGGGAAAAAACAAAACAGAAAAAUAUAUUAUAGAAAUACAAUUUAACAAAAUAUGAAUGUAAACGUUGAGAUUUUAACGCGUUUUUUCAGAAGCUGUCAUUUUACGAUCAUUACAGUUUUUUUAAAUGCGAUUGUAUUUUUUCCUCAUUUAGGAGUUUCUAAUUAUGGACUAGGGGGUUUCAUUUAAUAAAAAAAACACAUUUGGCCUCAAUACGACCAC